UAAAAAAUAAAAUUAAAUAAAAUAACCCACCUUCUUCACCAUUUUCUCAUCACAACAAUUUACCCUUCAACUGAAACCGCCAUUAACAAAAGUUUCGAACAGUCGGUCAUAUUUCUCUUUACUUUUUUUUUUCUUACCUCGUUGAAUCCAUAUUUGGCUUACUCAUCUAAAUACCAAGAAAUAAGGGGGAAAAGUACAAUUUUUUUUUAAAAAUUUUAAAUAUUUUUUUGGGUAAUAUCCAUUACAAAUUCAUUUUUUUUUCUGUUUUUGUAUACCCAUUUUGAUCUGAAGCGUCAAUUAAUUUCUGGGUGUUGAAGAUUUCAAGCGAAACUAUUGAUAUACUGUUGUGGUAGUCACGUUUUUUCCUUUGAAGGAUUGAGAUCGUGAUCUCAAAUCUCAGAUCUGCUUAUGCAUAUGCUGUUAUAUAUGGGCUGAGAUAUAUAUUUCAUGGGAGGCUCAGAGGAUGAUGAACCACUCUCAAAACGCAUGAAAGUAUCAUUUGGAGAAUCGGCAGAUCAUUCGAACGGGACAUUUCUUAGGGAUCCUGCAAGUUUCUCAUUGAGUGACUCGAUGGUUCGUCCUCUGGAAUUUCAAGGGGGCGAUGAGAUUGUUGGUAGAAAAGGAGUAGUCAAGAAAGUUGAAUUUGUUCGGAUCAUAGCUGAGGCAUUAUAUUCUCUUGGUUAUAAGAAGGCAGGGGCGCAGCUAGAGGAAGAGUCAGGGAUACCCUUGCAUCCCUCUCUCGUAAGUUUGUUUAUGCAGCAAAUCCUUGAUGGGAGAUGGGAUGAAAGUAUAGUCACAUUGCAUAAAAUUGGUCUUGUGGAUGAAAAAAUUGUGAAGUUGGCAUCUUUUAUGAUACUGGAGCAGAAGUUCUUUGAACUGUUAGACAGAGAAAAAGUCAUGCAUGCUUUGAAGACAUUGAGGACUGAGAUUGCACCUCUUUGCAUAAAUAGCGAUAGAGUCCGCGAUCUUUCGUUGUGCAUUAUAGCACCUUCACAACAGAUUGUCUCUGGAGAGUUAGGUCCAGAAAUAAUUAAAAUAAAAUCAAGGACAAAGCUACUAGAAGAAUUGCAAAGACUGUUCCCCAAAACAGUUUUGAUUCCUGAGAAAAGAUUGAUCCAUCUUGUUGAACAGGGCCUUGAAUUUCAACUAGAGUCUUGUUUUCUUCACAACUCAUUAGUCACUGAGAUGUCAUUGCUCACUGAUCACCAUUGUGGAAUAGAUCAGAUACCAUCUAAAACUUUGCAGAUACUACAAGAGCACACAGAUGAAGUCUGGUUUUUGGAGUUCUCUCAUAAUGGGAAGUACUUAGCCUCAUCUUCUGCUGAUUGUUCCGUUAUUGUAUGGGAGGUAAAGUUGGAUGGGAGGUUAUGCUUGAAGCACCGAUUUUUUGGUCAUGAGGAACCCGUGUCGUUUAUAUCAUGGGGCCCUGAUGACAAACAGCUUCUUACUUGUGGAGUGGAGGAGGUUGUUAGACUCUGGGAUGUAAACUCAGGUGAAUGUUUACAUCUUUAUGAGAAAAAUGGUCUUGGUUUGAUUUCAUGUGGAUGGGCUCCAGAUGGCAAAAGGAUAUUUUGUGGUGUUACUGACAAAAGCAUUAGCAUGUGGGAUCUUGAAGGGAAAGAGCUGCAGUGUUGGAAAGGCCAUCGGAUUACUAGAAUAGCUGAUUUGGGGAUAACAAGUGAUGGGAAACAUAUGGUCUCUGUUUGUAAAGAUAAUAUGAUACUAUUAUUUGGAUUGGAAACAAAAACAGAGCAAAUAAUUCUAGAGGAUGAAGCAAUAACUUCAUUUGUAUUGUCCGCAGACGGUAAAUAUAUAUUGGUAAGUCUUUUGAACCAAGAAAUCCAUCUGUGGAGUAUACAUGGGAUUGUAAAACUCUUACACACAUACAAAGGGCAUAAGCUAGAACGCUUCGUCGUAAGGUCUUGCUUCGGUGGUUUAAGUCAAGCUUUCAUUGCCAGUGGGAGUGAGGAUUCACAGGUAUAUAUAUGGCACAGAUGCUCACAACAAAUCCUUGGUAGGUUGUCUGGACAUUCUGGGACUGUCAACUGUGUUAGUUGGAACCCAGCAAAUCCUCAUAUGCUGGCAUCAGGAAGCGAUGAUCGGACCAUUCAUAUAUGGGGUUUGAAUCCUGCAAACAUGAAGCACAAUGACGAUGGAGCUGUAAGAAAUGGUGUGAACGACUGCAAUUGCAGAACAUGAAGUCUUGGAGGUGAAUGGGCGAGUGAGUCAUUACAAGAUUUCUCUCCUUGACCAGUUUCUUUCGAUGUAUAUUCCCUUACAUCAUUGAGCUAACAUUUGAGACAAACAAGAAUGUACAAUUUGCAUUCAGUCCAGCAAUAAAUCUUGAACUUCUCCA